AUGUCUCUCGCAAUGCCACCGGUACCUCACAAGGAUGACCUUGAUUCAACUUGGUCAUUCCUAGAGACAGGAAUCGAGAGCGUCAUGCUCAACCUUGACUCCGGUAUCGAUAUGAAGACUUACAUGGGUCUAUACACGGCUGUCCAUAAUUUCUGCACAUCCCAAAAAGCCGUUGCUAGCGGUCAAGGCCUACAAGGCGGACGUGGAGGUUCGUUUUCUCUCCUUCGUGCCGCACCCUCGGCUUCCCGUUCUGAGCUGACCUGGAUCAAAGCCCAUUUGCUGGGCGAGGAACUUUACAAAUUACUCGGCGAAUACCUCUCCCGCCAUCUGAGUGGAGUCUUCAAGCAAUCACAGAGCCACACCGAGGAAGGCCUGCUUGGCUUCUACAUCCGUGAAUGGUACCGCUACACGACCGCCGCCAAGUACGUGAACCACCUUUUCCGCUAUCUCAAUCGUCAUUGGGUAAAGCGUGAGAUCGACGAGGGUAAGAAAAACGUAUACGAUGUUUACACCCUACACUUGGUCAAAUGGAAAGGGGACUUCUUCGAAAAAGUCCAUGAGAAGGUCAUGGACGCUGUUCUGAAUCUGAUCGAGAAGCAACGGAACGGAGAAACCAUCGAGCAGUCACAGAUUAAAUCCAUUGUGGACUCGUUCGUGUCACUGGGUUUGGAUGAGAAUGAUAGCUCCAAGUCAACACUGGAUGUUUAUCGGCAGUACUUCCAGCUGCCGUUCAUCCGUGACACCAAAACCUAUUACGAAAAUGAGUCACGGCAGUUCGUGGCCGAAAACAGUGUGGUGGAAUAUAUGAAGAAGGCAGAAGCUCGUCUGAAGGAGGAGAAGGAGCGGGUCGGCUUGUAUUUGCAUCCAGAUGUCACCAAGAGCUUGACCGAUACCUGUCUGUCUGUUCUUGUCACCGCCCACUCGACUUUGCUUCGUGAUGAGUUCCAAGUCUUGCUGGAUAACGAACGCCAGGAGGAUCUUGCUCGUAUGUAUCGACUCUUAUCACGGAUCAAGGAAGGUUUGGAUCCUCUGCGCACGACGUUUGAGAACCACGUGAGACGGGCUGGUCUGGCUGCUGUUGAAAAGGUUGCCUCGGAAGGAGAAACACUCGAGCCCAAGUUGUACGUUGAUGCUCUACUGCAAGUUCACACGCGGUACCAGAGCUUGGUUGAUGAGGCCUUCAAUGGUGAGGCCGAGUUCGUGCGUUCUCUUGAUAACGCCUGCCGGGAGUUUGUCAAUCGGAACCGCAUCUGCAAGACCAGCUCUUCUAAGUCACCCGAGCUGCUGGCAAAAUACACGGACUCAUUGCUCAAAAAAGGAUCCAAGUCGGCUGAAGAAUCGGAGCUUGAGGAUAUGCUGGUGCAAAUUAUGACAGUCUUUAAGUACAUCGAAGACAAAGACGUCUUCCAGAAGUUCUAUUCUAAGAACCUGGCCAAACGUCUCGUUCAUGUGAGCUCUGUUUCUGACGACGCUGAAACAAGCAUGAUCAGCAAGCUGAAGGAGGCAUGUGGUUUCGAAUAUACCAACAAGCUGCAACGCAUGUUCCAGGACAUGCAGAUCUCCAAGGAUCUUAAUAACAACUACAAGGACUGGCAGGACAAAGUGCUAGAUGAUGAGGACCGAAAGAGACAGACCGAUGCCCACUUCCAGAUCUUGGGAACUGGCUUCUGGCCGCUCAAUGCGCCGACUACACCAUUCCUUGCGCCACCGGAGAUAGUCAAGACUGCCGAACGGUUCCAGACAUUCUACUUUGACAAGCACAGCGGCCGCAAGUUGACAUGGCUGUGGCAGCUAUGCAAGGGCGAAAUCAAGGCUAACUAUAUCAAAAAUGCCAAAGUGCCCUACACCUUCCAGGUGUCGACCUACCAGAUGGGUAUUCUGCUCCUUUUCAACGAAGCCGAUACUCUGUCCUACGAUGAGAUCGAAAAGGCCACCACUCUGGCAUCCGAAAUCCUCGAUCCCAACCUGAGCAUCCUGCUCAAGGCCAAGGUCCUCAUCGCCAGCCCCGAGGGCGCUAAGCCCGAGCCCUCCACUUCGUUCACAUUGAACUACAACUUCAAGAGUAAGAAGGUGAAAAUCAACCUUAACAUUCAAAUCAAGUCUGAGCAAAAGGUCGAGGCCGAUGACACCCACAAAACGAUAGAAGAGGACAGGAAGCUCCUGCUCCAGUCCGCCAUUGUCCGAAUCAUGAAGUCGCGCAAGAAGAUGAAACACGUCCAGCUUGUCCAGGAGGUCAUUCAGCAGGUCAAAUCCCGCUUCCCACCUAAAAUCCCCGACAUCAAGAAGAAUAUUGAAGCUCUCAUGGAGAAGGAUUACAUUGAGCGCAUGGACGGCGAUGAAAUCUCAUACAUUGCUUAA